GCGCUGAGCGAGCAGCAGCUUCUUUUCUCGCGAUUGUUCCGGCGAAACUGGGCGAAACUGUGUCUCCCAGUGCGACGCUGUUACGAAUGACGUGCAGCGAAGACGCGGCCGUGGAUCCCUGACGAGCCGUCGUCGUUCGGUGCUUCUGUCUCGCCCUCGGUGUUUCACUGUGUGCUCCAGCAGAGAGAGAGAGAGAGAAAGAGAGGGGAGGGAGAAGAAGCGCGAUCGGGUGCGACCUUGCCCUCGACCAGCUGUCGGAGCGGAGAGCCCGCAGCAUCAUUAUACGAACGUAUUGUUGAGAAAUAAGAACCGAAAAUGAGUUGCAUGGCGCGAUGCGCCAAGUACUUUCUCUGCUUCUUCAACUUUAUUUUAUUCAUCACCGGAGGAGCAUCAUUGAUUGUCGGUUUCUGGCUUAUCGCAGACAAACAAUCGUUCAUCAAUCUCAUCUCGAAACUCGAUCAGUCCAAUAUGUUGAUUAAAACGGAUGGCGAUGUCAUCAUGCUGAUCUCUUGCAUUCUUUUAAUCGGUGGUGGUCUCACAUUCCUGAUCAGCUUUUUUGGAUGUUGUGGUGCUAUGUUCGAGAAUAGGGGUUUCCUCUUUACCUACGGCAUUUUAACUUUGGUGGUUUUGAUCCUGGAGUGUGUGGUAAUUGGCCUCGCUUUUGGACUUAAAGGAGACGUCGAGAAAGGUACACAAGGCUUCUUGAAGCAUACCAUCACCAAGUAUUAUGCGACGUCUAACGAUAAAAUUGAUACAGUGACAGCCGCAUGGGAUGGUAUCAUGAGUAAGCUCCAUUGUUGCGGUGUGGAAAGUUAUCGAGACUUUAGCGAAAAUAAGAACUGGACUGCAAUGGUCGGAAAAAUGGUUCCUGAGGCCUGCUGUAUAAAAGAAAACGACUUUCUGAAGGAUCCCUCAUGUCCAAUAAAUCCCACUUCGUUUAAUACGUAUCAAGUGGGUUGCUAUAAGGCCAUAAUGACAGCCAUAGAGGAGAACGCAGCGAUAAUAAUCGGUGUAGCCACUACUUUGAUCUUUAUCGAGGUCUUGGGGAUUGUUCUGGCGUUGUACCUAGCCUGCUGCUAUUGGCGCCCACAACAUGUGUUAACUUGUUGGUGCUGCUGUUGACGAGGCAUUAAGAGCAUGGAACUGUUGAGUAGUGCCUCCUAGCACGUUGAGUCCUUAGUGCUCCUGUGCCUUGCUUGCUUGAAACUCUAGCUGCUAGCCCAAGCCUAGGCUAGCUAAGAAGUCGGCCGACAGAAAUCAAUUCUUUAACGCUUGAGUUGACGAAACGUUUCGAAAAAAGAAACGAAAUAUAUAUAUAUAUAUAUAUAUAUAUAAGAAAAAGAAAAUAAAAACAUACUACAUUGGCAGUGACGUAAAAAAAUAUAUGGCGAAGUGUUACAUGUUUCUUUUUCGAAGAGGAACUCAUCAAUCCUACAUAUAUAUUUUAAUAUGUAUAUAAUACAUAUAUGUAAGAUUGAGAUAUAUAUAUAUAUAUAUAUAUAUUAUAUAUCCCGCGUGUCGUGCAUAACCGCAAGCGGUACACGCAUUAUAUAUAUAUAUAUAUACAUAAAACGAUACGAAGUAUCUCAAAACGUCAACUGUAAAUUGCUAACAUUUCAUAGUUUCGUUAAGUGUUUGUUUUGUAUUAUGGAGGUACAAGCGUUUAAAAUGAUUCAUAGGCGAUAUACUCUUACAGAAAUUUAAUACUGAAAGAUUAAUUAUUUUUGGA